CACAAUUCCCACAAACAAUUCACUUCUCUCUUCCACAAACAUUACACAACUCACCUCCUCUUCAGGAAACAACUCAUCGGAGAACUGUUUGCCGGCCGGACCCAAUCCACUAUUCCGCCGCAAAACCUCUACUCUCCUCCUAGCUCCGGCAUAAUGGACCAAGAUAAUUUUCAUUACUCCUCCACUGACGACCACAGUAAACAACACAAGACAGCAGCUCUUCUGGCUAAGUUGAAGAGGAAGAAACGAAAACUUGAAAGUGAACAGCUUGGAGCUCCUCUUCCAAAGCAGAUACGCGCUUACCAAAACUUCCUCAGAAAAUAUGGUUCUUUACUUGAUGAUGAUGAUGAUGAUGAUAUCCCCCAGGAGAAUGAACAUGAAGCUACCACCAACACCUCGGAGUCGGGAGAAUGCAGCAAUGGCAUUAUGGAUGAUGCUGAUUAUGUCACGUCUUAUGAAACCAACCCAUGCUCGUCAAAUUCGUAUGCGGGCAUGGGUUACGAUUGGCCAAACUCUUCCGAAAGCGGAUACGUGUCCACAACACCAUAUUCGUAUGCUGAUUAUCUUAACUAUAACAAUGGAGUAGAUUGUAGUAGCUCGGGGUAUGUGAAUGAGAGAACCGAAAUGUCUUCGGGACAACAUGAACAUGAUGAUGCAUUAUUCUCAAACGAUGCGAGUCCCAACAACUUUGUUCUCUCAUCCGGAAGAUGGGAAGUAGGCCAACAAGAUAGUGAAGAGAAGCUAACAAUUGACAAAGAGUUUGAGCAGUACUUUGGCAGGCUUAUGUUACAAUGAUAAUAUUGAGACAGCUUCUGCAAUGUACAUUGUUCAGUCUGUAUACAUUAUUUUGUGUUGUAAUAAAAACCAUCAAACUCAGAAGCUCAAGCUUGUAAAGGGAGGGAGCACAUCUUUAUUUUUGCUUGGGAGGGAUGCCUCAACAUGAUGGUGGCUUAAUAGAGUAGAUUUUCCAUUCCAUAUUUUUUAAUAUUAGUCAAAUUAAUUUCUUUUAUGAGCAAAAUUGACUCUGAUGCCAUAAUAGAACACCCAUUGUUCUAUACUUCUACGUUAGAUGAUAGACUUCUAUAAAGUUUGAGCCUAAAUAUCUUAUGUAUGGGCACAUUUUUAGUACUAUAUCUUCUUUUCCUUGUUUGAAUUCAACAUCAUUAAGUAGUUAUCAAUUUUAAAUGAAA